GGCUUCCGUAGUCUCCAGCUCCCUCCUCCCUGACUGCAGCCUGAGGAGAGGAAUCAAUCAGCGCUCAGGCAGCGGCGGCUGGACACAGGCACCGAGCAGCAGGAGGUUGCCUGUGAGAAGGAUCUGACAGCGAUUCCCUCCACCCUGCCCAUCCUCCUCCUGGUAACAAAAGCCAGCAAUAUGGGGAGUCACACUGGCAUCAGCAGCACAUGCUGACGGGCACAGCGGCCCUGUGCCUGAACCGUCUGCACGAUGUGACAAUGCAGUGGGACUGAUUGUCUGGUGCCUGGAAGGAAAGUGCACGUUAUAUUUUUUAACUUAUUUUUAGACCCAAAAUUAUGGCUACAGUAGAAGCUGGAAGCACCAUUACCAGUCGCCUGAAAAAUCUGCUCCGCUCACCUUCCAUAAAGCUGAGGAGACACAAGCCUGGGGCCAGGAAGGAAGAUAUUGGUAGCAAGGUGACGUUGGAGAAGGUCCUGGGUAUCACGGUGUCGGCUGGAAGAAGUCUCUCCUGUGAUCCAAAAACCGGCCUUGUUGCGUAUCCAGCUGGGUGCGUUGUAGUGAUGUUAAAUCCCAGAAAGAACAAGCAGCUCAUUAUCCUUUUUUCUUUCAGAAAAACUAUCACUGCUCUUGCAUUUUCUCCAGAUGGAAAGUUCUUGGUUACAGGAGAGAGUGGGCACAUGCCUGCAGUGCGGGUAUGGGAUGUGGCUGAACGAACACAAGUAGCAGAACUUCAAGAACACAAGUAUGGCGUCGCCUGUGUCGCUUUCUCCCCAAGCUCCAAAUACAUUGUGUCUGUUGGAUACCAGCAUGAUAUGAUCGUCAACGUGUGGUCGUGGAAGAAAAAUGUUGUUGUAGCAGCAAACAAAGUAUCUAGUAAAGUGACGGCGGUCUCCUUCUCGGAAGACAGCAGCUACUUUGUAACUGCUGGAAACAGACACGUCAAAUUCUGGUACUUGGAUGAAGCAAAGUCCUCAAAGGUGAAUUCUACGAUUCCUCUUUUGGGGCGCUCAGGCCUAUUGGGUGAACUCAGGAAUAAUUUCUUCACUGACGUUGCAUGUGGUAAAGGAAAGAAGGCGAGCAGUACCUUCUGCAUCACAUCCUCUGGGCUGCUGUGUGAAUUCAACGACCGAAGACUUCUGGACAAAUGGGUAGAGCUCAGGACCACCAUGGCAAAGCUGCAUCAUGUGACCAGGAGUAUAUUUUCUGCGGGUUGUGCCGACGGCACUGUACGCAUCUGUAACCCAAACAACUUGCACUUUCUUAGCACCUGCCCAAAGCCACAUCGCCUUGGAGUAGACAUUGCCACAGUCACUGAGGCUAGCCGCCUGUUCUCCAAUGCUGCAGAUGCCAAGUACCCAGAUACUGUCGGCAUGACCUUUGACUCCACCAACCAAUGGCUGUCCUGUGUGUACAACGACCACAGUCUUUAUGUAUGGGACAUUAAAGAUUUGAAGAAAGUUGGAAAAGUCUACUCUGCUCUGUAUCACUCUUCCUGUGUAUGGAGCGCAGAGGUUUACCCUGAAAUGAAAGACAGCAACCAGGCCUGCCUGCCCCCAAACUCUUUCAUCACCUGCUCUUCCGACAACACCAUCCGACUGUGGAACAUGGAGACCUCAAACAUCCACGGCACUGCUUUACAUCGGAAUAUCCUCAGCAAUGACCUGAUGAAAAUCAUCCUGAUUGAUGAUAACACGCAGGCGCUGCUGGACACAGACUGUAACUGCACUGGAUUGGCGGAUAAAGUAGAUGUUCAGACAUUAGAUGCCAAGGUUGGGAUUCGCUCAGUGUGUGUGAGUCCUAAUGGGCAACACUUGGCCUCAGGAGACAGAACCGGGACACUCAGGGUGCAUGAGCUGCAGUCUCUGAGAGAGCUUUUAAAAGUAGAAGCCCAUGAUUCAGAAAUCCUUUGUUUGGAAUAUUCUAAGCCAGAAACAGGAAUGAAUCUUUUGGCCUCUGCUAGCCGUGACCGGCUGAUCCAUGUACUGGAUGCAUCGAAAAACUACAGCCUUCAGCAAACAUUAGAUGACCACUCUUCAUCUAUCACUGCGGUAAAAUUUGCUGCUAAUGAUGGCAAGAUGCGAAUGAUCAGCUGUGGAGCAGAUAAAAGCAUUUACUUCCGCACUGCUGAGCAGACUGGGGAAGGGUCUGUCCAUUUUACCCGCACACACCAUAUUGUACGUAAAACUACCUUAUAUGACAUGGAUGUGGAUCCCAGCCUGAAAUAUGCAGCCAUUGGUUGCCAGGAUCGAAAUAUCAGGAUAUUUAACAUCAGCAGCGGGAAGCAGAAAAAGCUGUACAAGGGAUCGCAGAGUGAAGAUGGGACUCUCAUUAAAGUCCAGACUGACCCAUCUGGCCUCUAUAUUGCAACAAGCUGCUCCGACAAAAACCUGUCGAUCUUUGAUUUCUACACUGGGGAGUGCGUGGCCACCAUGUUUGGACAUUCAGAGAUUGUGACCGGAAUGAAGUUUACCAACGACUGCAAGCAUCUAAUAUCUAUGUCUGGAGACAGCUGUAUUUUCAUCUGGCGUCUCAGCUCAGAGAUGACAAUCAACAUGCGCCAAAGGCUUGCUGAAAUGAGACAACGUGGGAAAGCAAAGGAAAAAUGUACACCACACAAGACUGCAAAUACCAGGCGGGAGACCAUUGCUGUGAUGUGCCCGGUUCCUGCGCUUUCAUCUGAUAGUGACAAAGAAGGGGUUGAUGAAGGCAGUGAUGAAGAUAUGACUGGUUCUGACAAGAACAAUGAUCUUGCCAAUUCUUUUGGAAGAAGUGCAUCUUUCUGGGAGAUGAAAAGGGAUAAAGGAUCGUCCCUUACCCAGCGCUCAGACUCCCUUGGUAAGACACCCAGGCAGCGUGUCCGCUGGUCUCAGCCUACUGGAAACAUUGAGCUCACUGUGAAGUCCAUGCUUGACCUCCGCCAACUAGAGUCCUUCUCUCCAUGUGAUGACCUUCUCGGGCACCAGGAGGAUCAAGGAGUAAAGUUUGUGGAAUCAAAUGUGCAAGCUGACCUGGAUCCAUUUAUUCCCAUUGGCAACCAUGCUCGUCCCAGGGUUAUUCGGCUUAUGUCAUGUGAGGAAGGAGUGUUUAAACAGGAGUUGGAUACACCGGAUGGCAAGGAGUGCGUCAUCUACCCGGAGAUUGGAGAGGAGCAAACACUAGACCCAUCCAGUGAGUUUGAGGUGCAAGGCUUGCCUCAUGGAGGCUACCCUGAUGACAUUCAGGAGAAGCAUAGCCCGGAUAGUGCCUGCUCGGUGGAUUACAGCAGCAGCCGUCUGUCUAGUCCGGAGCAUCCCAAUGAAGAUUCUGAAAGUACGGAGCCCCUAAGUGUAGAUGGGAACUCGUCAGAUCUAGAGGAGCAAGCAGAGGUUGAGGAGCUGGACCCCCCUUGCCUGGUUCUAGAUGGUGAUAUCCCACAGACACCUGAUCACGAAAUGUUCCUUAAACAGCACUUUGGAAAUCUUUCAGCAAACAAUGGCCCAGAUGGACCAGUUCUGAUCUCAGAGAGGAGUGAAUGUGCCAGCAUUUCAUCAAGGUUUCUUGCAAUGGCACAGGUCCCAGUACUCAGGUUAGUCCAUUCUGGGCCCAGCACUUGCCAUUUGUCUGAUCAAGAGGUCAGUCCAGACUGUAAUCAAAGUCCAUUUGAGUAUCCCACAGUGAAUGGCAUCAAUGCUCGGGUGCAAGAUAUUUCCAGCCCGCUCAAACCAACCUACCAGAGAAGAGGAAGCAGCCAGCAGAUAUAUUUAGAUUACGGUCAAUUACCUCUUACUAUUAGAAGAGCCACAAUAAAAAUAUUUGAUGGCUCAAGAAAUGCCAUUACUGAUUUACUUUCUAUGGAAUCUGUUGCAGUCAAAAUGCGUCCACAGACCCAAACUGCUGCAGAAAAAGAGCAGAAGGCCAUACGCCGACGUACGCUGCCGGAGACACUAAUGAAAACAGAAUGCCAGUCUUCACCAUUCCAGUCCAAGGGUAAACAGCUGAAGGGUAGAUCCUAUAUGAACCCAACAACUAGCUCCAUCGCCAAGAUCUCCCGGAGUGUAUCUGUCGGAGACAACUUGAACAUUGGGGAGGCACAAGAGACGUCCAUUGGUUCUGAGGGGAAAAACAUUUCUGAGACGGAAGUAGUGCUGUUCAUGUGGAAAGGAGAAGAACCAAUCCCAUUGAAGGACAAUAUAAUAGUCAAACCUAUCCUGCAAACCAGUACAAAUGGCUGUUCACCAAAGACCUUUCAGACAAAGAACCGAGCACAUUUGACUCUUGACAUUGCAAAACCUUUACCAGACCGGCCUUUGCUUUCAUUAGUAGAAGUAGGAGCUCAAUUGAAAGGAAUCACAAGGUCGCCAAGAUCCCCUGGCUGUAGCUGGAAACCUAGAUCAUUGUUUACAGACUUAACCUGCAAGAAUGACAAUCAAUCUUCAGGGGUAUGUGAGAAAGGGUCAGACAGAGGCCAGUCCUAGGAAGGACAUCCUGGAAGAAACAGUUGCAACAAGCCUGAUAUACAUGAACCCAUAGACAAAGUGGACUUGAGUCCAGAAGGAUUUAGGCCUAUUCAUAGAGGGAGAGCUUCUACUAUUGGCCACACUCCCGAUCAUCAUCGACUGUGUCCUGUUGAAACCAUUAGACCUAGAUCUCCCUCAGUUGGUGCAGCAUCUACUCUAGACUCAGCACAAGCGGUCAGCUUUGAACAGUGUGAAAUGAUUGCCUCUGAGCUGCAGGACAGCCUGCGUCGGGCAUUGAGCCUUUAUCGAUCAGUGACCACCCCCGGCCCAGCAGCUCACUUGGACCAUGGUAAAAUAGCAGGCCUCCUGAGUGCAACAUUUGGCAUGGUAAAGCGGGAGCUGGAUUCUCUAAAAAUCCAAGAGGCCGAGGCUGCAGUGAAUGAAGAUUUGUCUCCACAGCACGAGGACUGCAAGGAAAAACUUGAGCCUUCAGUUUCACAGGGGUCUGAGCAACUGGGUGACGAUAAGACGCUCGCCCUCCUGCAGCAAUACUCUGAACUUUUACUUCAAGCAGUGGAGAAGAGGAUGGAUAAUAAAACUGUAAUCCUUACAAGAGAAAUGUGGAAUACAUCAUCGUUCACACAAGGGGGUAGCGCUUAAAAAAAUAAAAUACUGCGAUCCAAAAAUCAACAAAAUGCAACUAAAUGGUUAUAUAAACCAGCAACUGCAGACAUGGUUCUGAGUUACUAUAGACCAGCAGCACUUCACUUUUUGGUUUGGCCCAGGGCUAGAGUUCGGUUUUAUGAUUCAACCUAUGACCCUAUACAGGUCACCUACGUUGUGGAUAUGGCCGCUGAGCUGAAUGAACACUCUCAUGGCUGCCUUGGCUAUAAGUAGGUUACCUGUACACUUCAUCAAAGCCUUGAAUAAGUAUUAUAUCUGUGCAUUAUAUAUAUAUAUUUUAAAUUAUUGAUUUUUAGCUUUAAAUAUUUCUGUGUUUUAUUACGUUCUGACGUUCCCCCCUCCCUUAAAAACUGUUCUUUUAAUCGGGUUCCAUAGCAAGUUUCUAAGGGCUGGUUUCCGGGUGUGGUGAAAUAGCCCACCUCAGUUCUAGUCUACGGACUAUUACCGUUAGACCAGUUACAAUUGUAUGUGUGGUUCAGGACAUGCGGCUCGUGUGGUGGCCACAUCUCCUGAGCAGACUGCGACUGGGCUGACCUGAACUCGCUGCAUCAUAGUGAUGUAUGGUGCUGUGCGUUCCGGCCCAUGUCACUGUAGGAGUCGGGUAGAAACUCGCAGCAUCAUGGAUCACGAUGAUGCAGGGAGUUUCGGCCAGCCGAGCCACGGUUGCAAAUGCGUGUGUUAAACUGUCCUCACGUGUGUAUGUAUGCCUUAGCCAUGUCCUGUUACAUCUCACCCGUUAGAAUAGCGUUUGUACUACCAGCAGGCAGAGGCAUAUGGGUAGUGUAGUCCUAUCGGCCGGACCUCGCAAUAUUGCAAUAAACAAUCCCAUUGGUGAAAGCGGAUGUAUCCGAUCUUGCAGCCAUUUUGUGUAUAUAUGAUUGCGGCCUAUACAAGCUGAUGCCGCUUAAAGCCUUAUCUAUAUUAACAUUAGAAGAUCUUGAGCAUUCAGUCAUCUUGCUCAUAAUAGGGUUGCUAUUCUUAUGUGCUGCUGAUAAAUCUUCUUUCAGUGUGGACAUUUUACACGCCCUGUAUCUAGGGAGCAUCUGGCAAGUAUGGUUUACAAGUUCAGUGAUCUGGUUCCUUCAUGUUUUUAUUGUUAAUUGCAUUUUUUUUUUUUUUUUUUGCUACUAGAAUUCAGUGUAUGAACCCAACCUAACAGGGGCCGCUGCAGGUAAACAACGAAGAGCGCUACCUCCUCUUCAGUCAGCUGAUCAGUGGGGGUGUCGGACCCCCGCCGAUCUGAUAUUCAUGACCUAUCCUGAGGACAGGUCAUCAGUAUUAUAAAUGCGGACAACUCCUUUUAAGGUGGCUAUAAUAUCACAUACGGCAGGGGAUCUGACCUGUGUAGCUUCCACCAAUUGCUAACGCAGAGUGUAGGCAAAGCUAGAAAAGCAGUGUGGCGCCCUACUCCUAGUGUCAGCUCAGCUGUGUGUAGAAAGCUGAAUAGUGUGACCCAACGGAGUCCAUGCCAAUCAUGCAAAGAUGAAGUGGCACGGCAUGCCUCUACUGCCUCUGUUGUCUCGUACCAGCGACUGGUGGUGGGUGCAGUAGUCGGGCAUAUUUCAGUCCACUAGUAUAUAUCCUGAGAAACCCCCCUAUUCAAUGAGCCUAUAGAUCAGGAGGUAUCAAUAGGCAUCAAUACCAAACCAUCUAAGAAUUUAGCCAGCAGCACAUUUCUCGCUCCCUGAAUGCCAUACACUGUCUGCACCAUUUCAUAUAUGCAAAAGUUUUCGCCUCUGCAGUUGUACUUCUACCCAAAUCCUAGCAUCUGUGAGGACAUUGGUUGUAAACUGAAAUUUGCUUUCUUUUUCUCUUUAUUUAAUACAAACGUCACUAACAGUGCAGGGACCUUCUGUGCAUUUACCCAUGUAGGUUUUUUUUAAUAGUUGAUUGCUGUAAGUUGUAGAUGGUAUUUGUAAGUGUUCUAAUAUAAAGCAUGUGUGGUUCUGGACAUAGAAUGGACGGGCUUCUGCAGUUGGGCUAUAUAACAGGUGUGAUGGCGCGGUAGAGCUGUAUUAACGUAAUGUGCCGGUCUGCAGGUGACCGAUCGAGGCUGGUCCUCUGAGAGCAGAACGUUAAAAAUGUUCUAUUUUUUAUUUUCAUAAGUUGUUUUGCAAGUUGGUUGAUGAUACAAAUAUAUUUGCUGUAUUCGCUGUGGGCUGCUGAGCUCCACUGCCAUGUACUGGAAUAAUAGAAAUAUCUGCCAGUCCUGGGGUUUGUGUUGUGGGUUUUUUAUAGAUGGUUCUAGAUUUUGUAGAACAAUCUUUUCUUGAUAUAUUUCAGUUACUACUGAUGUCCUCAUAGGUGUUUUUAUAGGAUUUUUAUCUAUGCAUUUAAACUUCCUCACCACAACCAAUCUUUAGUUUUUAGGACCCUCAAAUCUAUAUCCACUGUUCAUCUGUCCUGAUGUUCAGAUCUGUACAAUAAUGGCUAUGAACCAACCCCCACAGAAGGCGUUGUGAAACGAAUCUACACUUACCUGAUUUCCCUCAUUCCCCCCCACCCCCAAAAUUUCUACUUAAAACUAGUUUACAAUGCCCUGAUUUUAUCAGGAAACUGAGCCAUUUUGUAAAUAGUAACCCGGCCACCCCCUCAUGCUUCAGACUUCUAGGCUGGGUCACAUCCGUGGUACGUAGGCAGUGUUCUGUAUUAUAAGACAUGUUUCACAAAGACAUCUCAGAAUGUACCCUCAGAAGAGGCCUGGAACGUGGACCCCACCAGCAGCCUUUCUUCUGAGCCUUUCAUGUUGAAAAACUAUGACUAGGCUCAGACAGGAGUCAAGUGUGUUACAGUCCUUUACUUGGGUGUGGGACCCUGCACCCAUGACAUUGUCUGGCAUAUCUUUGUGAUGCGUAGAAAUAUGGACUAUGAACAUGCGGCAACUGUCUUGGAAGAACCUACAAGUAGAUUAACAAUCCCUAUAUCGGUGAUCUGUCUGAGUGGAAUAAGUCAGUAGAUGGAAACUGGAUUCUUAAUGCUUAUGGAUUCCAUCUAUGGAGUUUGGCCAUCGCUAAUACCCAUGUAUUACUGUUGUAAAUAGUGUAAUAUAAACCUGUAAUAAAAGAGAAACAAAAAGGUCUAAAGGUUCUUGAUAUAAAGUUUUUCGGAGCAUGGUAAUGAGAUGCAUGUAACGUCUUAUAGAGAAUGCUUAAGUCAUGAGCGAGCUGCACGCAUGUCCUCCUCUGCAAGCAUACAAAGCACUCGUGCCCCUGAGCUAAUGGGAAGUUAUAAUACCCUCAGCUAGCAGAGCGUGCUGGUGGUAGUAGUUCAUCCGCCACUGGAGAAACAGUCAGCAUUCAGCAUCAAGUUAUAUCCAUUUGCCCCACUGUUCACUACAGCAGCUACUGGUUCUGGCACAGCAAACAUGACGCUCCAGUACAUUUUUAUACUUAAUAUAUGGGAGGAGAGUACAAUUUUAAAUUGUACCUUUUUUUUAAAUCAAUUGGAGCAAUUGUUACGUUUGGUUGCACUAUGACUUGCCUCUUUCUCCUAUUAUGAGAAGAAGGGCAGUUUUUUUUAACUAUUACUUUGUAUUCAUGUCUUAAACCCAAUAAAAGUGUGA